AUGUACAGUAGUCAUGUUAGUGGAUACAUUCCCACAACGCCAAAUGGAAAUAUUCCAAUCAACGUAAUACGUGCUUCCAAUCAAUACAUGAAGUACAAAGGUGUAGAGCAUAAUGGUCAAAUAGUAGUAACAAUAGGAUCUAUCGUGAGCUCGAUAUCCCAGGCAUUUUCUUUUGAUCUCCCUUCGAUUGGAGAUUCCAAUGCAACACAAUUGCCAAUCAUUCCACCGCACACAAGUGUAUUGGCGGGAAGAAUACAUCAGAUUGCUGGGUUCGGCUUCAGCACGUAUGAUACCAGCCCACAAAUUCGAUUAGGCGAAACAGUUUCAGAAAUGACCCGCUGGAAUUCGGAAUCCAGGCUCACCAUUCGAGCGGGACACGGAACCGGAUAUGAGCUACCAAUCACGUUGACCAUUUCACUCGCAAAGGUGUGCUUUACCAAGGGGUUUACAUACGAUGCACCCGACAUGAUAUGGAUACGUCCAACAUUUUCUUCCACACUCGCCGAAGAGCAAGUUGAAAUAUAUGGACGAGACUUUGGACCAUUCGAUCUCACUGGAAAAGGACGAAUCGGCGGGACAGCCAUGGAGGUCACCAAGUGGUUGUCAACAACAUCUCUAACUUCCUACAUCGCUAGCGGUAUCUCAUUCAAUCUGGAGGUAGUUUUGUCAGCAGCGCUUUGGAGCAUUCCAACCAUAACAGUCCAAAACAUGAAUGAAUUCAACUUUUUGCCACCGUCUUCCACGGCAUUGUUACCACCGAAUGGACCAAUAAAUGGCGGCUUCAGUCUAACAGUGUUCGGAUUUAAUUACGGCCUUUAUGACUCUACCCUCGGAGGUCAACUCGGGGAUCAAUCAUGUCAAGCAACAGUAUGGGUCUCGGACAGCUCAGCACUCUGUCAAGGUCUUGUUAAAGUUCCAAUGAUAAUGAAUGUUGGAAAUCAGACAGCAAUCAUUAAUGGUACAUCUGAUCUGUUCAUCUAUGACGCACCAAGCGCAACAGGAAUUAGUAAAUCUAAUUCUCCCGCGACUGGAAAUGUCAGCAUACAAAUUGAAGGGAAUCAAUUCGGGGUUAGUGCAGUACCUGUUGGAGUUGUGGUUGGUAAAUCUUUGUCACCCAAAAGUUAUUGGCAGAGUGAUAGUAGAAUUUAUUUCAUAACUCCGCCAGGAACCGGUGUGGUCGACAGUAUCACUCUGAGUAUUAUAAGGUUGACUCUUAUACUCGACGAGGUCGAUGCUCCGAUAUUCUACUACGACAAGCCAAAUAUCAAUGCAGUUCAGGCUGCAAACUCUCCUACAAAUGCGAAUGGGAGAUAUGCAACAGUCUUUGGACAGAACUUUGGUGUCAGUGAUCAGUUAGUGGAAACCUCAUUUGGAAAUGCACAAUAUCAGGUUGCGCAAUGGAGCAGUGACUCCUCAAUCUUGUCACCCGUUCCUGCUGGAUAUGGUGAUGGAAAGUCCUUGGCUGUGCGAGUAGACAGUCAGAUUGGAGAAACAGAGCAAAUUUUUUCUUACGACAUAGUUACAAUGAGCAGCACCAAACCAUCAAACAUGUUUCCGGGAAACAUGGAAAAGCUAACAUUGUAUGGGAUCAAUUUCAUUUUCUUGGAUACAACCGUUACCUCACAAAUUGGGGCGACCCCAAUGGAAAGCACACCACAAAACCACCCCAAGUACAACAGGAAGAAUGUCGGGUACUGCUUUUGA